AUGGUUGGUUCACUUUUAUUUCGUCGUUUUGCUCUACAUAAACAAUUCACUAUUAAUCAUAUUUAUCGAAGAAUGGUUUCAAAUCAAUCUUCAAAAUAUUUAAUUUCAAAUUCAGCUUAUAAACCAUUUCUUAAUGAAUUAGGUUUAGAAGAAGAAAACUUAGGUGUUUUUGAUGGAAAAUGGUUUGGAAAUGGCGAAUUAAUUGAUUCAAUAAAUCCAUCAACAAAUGAACCAAUAGCUCGUAUUCGUCAAGGUACAGUUGAAGAUUAUCAUCGUGCUGUCGAAUCAUCAACAAAAGCUUAUCAAAUGUGGUCAAAUAUUCCAGCACCAAAACGUGGAGAUAUUGUUCGACAAAUUGGUGAUGAAUUAAGAAAAAAUCUUCAACCACUCGGAAAAUUAAUUUCAAUGGAAAUGGGAAAAAUUCUUCCUGAAGGUGUUGGUGAAGUUCAAGAAUUUGUUGAUAUAUGUGAUUAUGCUGUUGGUCUAUCAAGAAUGUUUGAAGGAAAAGUUUUACCUUCAGAACGACCUGGUCAUAUGUUAAUGGAACAAUGGAAUCCAUUAGGAAUAAUUGGAAUAAUAUCAGCAUUUAAUUUUCCCUGUGCCGUGUUUGGAUGGAAUCAAGCUAUUGCUCUUGUAUGUGGAAAUGUAACACUUUGGAAAGGUGCUCCAACAACUCCUUUAACAAGUAUUGCAACAACAAAAAUAGUAGAACGUGUAUUAACACGUAAUUCAUUACCCGGUGGUUUAUCAUCAAUGAUAUGUGGUGGAACUGAUAUUGGAAAAUCAAUGUGUGAAGAUAAAAGAAUUCCACUUGUAUCAUUUACUGGUUCAUGUCAAGUUGGAAAACAAGUUGCUCAAACAGUUCAAUCACGUUUUGGCAAAACAAUUCUUGAAUUAGGUGGAAAUAAUUGUAUUGUUGUUAUGGAUGAUGCUGAUCUUACACUUGCUAUUCCUGCUAUCUUUUUUGCUGCUGUUGGAACUGCUGGACAAAGAUGUACAAGUGCAAGACGUCUUAUAAUUCAAGAAGGAAUAUAUGAUGAAGUUUUAACAGGUCUUCGUCGUGCAUAUGAACAAAUUGAAUCUCGUAUAGGUGAACCAUUUGAAGAAAAUGUUCUUUAUGGACCAUUACAUACAAAACAAUCCGUUGAAUUAUAUCAAAAAGCAUUAGAACAAGUUAAAAAAAAUGGUGGAAAUAUUUUUUACGGAGGAAAACUUUAUACUGAAAGAAAAGGAAAUUAUGUUCAACCAACAAUUGUUACUGAUCUUAAACAUAAUUCUCCAAUUGUUCAUCAAGAAACAUUCGCACCUAUUCUUUAUGUUCUUAAAUGCAAAACAUUUGAAGAAGCUGUUCAAUGGAAUAAUGAAGUUGAUCAAGGUUUAUCAAGUUCAAUUUUUACUACAAAUCCUGAAUAUUUAUUUAAAUGGAUUGGUCCUAAUGGCUCAGAUUGUGGAAUUGUUAAUGUCAACAUACCAACAAGUGGUGCAGAAAUUGGUGGAGCUUUUGGCGGUGAAAAACAUACAGGUGGUGGAAGAGAAUCAGGUUCGGAUUCAUGGAAACAAUAUAUGAGACGAUCAACCUGUACAAUCAAUUAUUCAAAACAACUUCCACUUGCUCAAGGAAUUAAAUUUGCGUAA